AUGUCACAAGCAGACUACAGGGACAGGCAAUUUCUUGCCGUGAUCGGUGACGAGGACUCAGUAACGGGUCUGCUCCUCGCCGGCAUUGGUCAUGUGACCACAGGCCCAGACUCGCAGAAGAACUUCCUGGUGGUGGACAACAAGACCGACAACGCCACCAUUGAGUCCACUUUCGACAAGCUCAUUGAGCGCAAGGACAUUGGCAUUAUCCUGAUAAACCAACACGCAAGUUACAAUUCCUUUGCUCGGGAGAUGAUCGCCGACCGCAUACGCCACCGCAUCGAUACCUACACCGCCGCCUUCCCAACUAUCCUUGAAAUACCGAGCAAAGAUCACCCCUAUGAUCCUGAGAAGGACAGCGUCUUGAGGAGGGUGCGCCGGCUGUUUGGAGAAUAA